CGUCGUUGGAUAUGACAUCAACUUCACAUCUCCUUCACUUACUCGUGCUCGUAGUAAGCAUCACAGCUGGUUUGAAUCUUCUUGACUGUGAUUCUACUGCUUCGCACUUGAUCUGUUGACCUCCGCCAGCCUAUCUCCUCCUUUCCUCCUUUCCUAGUGAUCACAGGCAAUCCAUCAUUGUAUCUACUCACCGACAGAAAUUAGCUGCGUCUACUUGUUCUCCCAAGGGCUGAGAGCUCAGUCUCAUUUGUCAAGAUGGCACUUUCGUCUUCGCAGAUCAUCCUGCUCUGUGCCGUCGGCAUCGUCUUGCUGGCGAGACCUGCUCACGCGUUUGGUGCCGGCAACAUUGGCUCAACCUCCAAAAUCGAAGGUCAGAACUGGCGACAUGGUGAUCUCGAAGACACUCUGCUCACGAUUGUGGCUGCUCGUGCCAUGGGCGGCAAGAAAUUCGGCAAACUCGACGUCAAGAGAGUGUAUUUUGGAAACUGGCUCAGAGAUUACAGUCAAGCAGUCGACGUUGGCACAGUCAAAUACGUCAGCGCCGAAGCCAUUCGUAUUCUUCUUUGGGUCUUGGGCUUCAUGUCCUUCGGUUACGGUUCGGGUGAAUUCGAAGUGACAACACAGAGACUGGGAUGCUACCGACCUGAAGAACACAUCGACAACCCAAAAGACUAUGCGGACAACGAGGAUGCUAGACAAUACGAUCGUCGUCUUCGUGGCCCCGUCGAUGAGCGUCGCGAACUCUCCAUCAACCCACAAACAGGACUGAAAAAUUACAUUGCCUCCGAAGGCAUGGGUAUCGACACCUCUGCUGGCCUCGUCAGAAAGCUCUUCGGCCGGUCCAUCGAGCUCGGGCGCCAGUAUGCACGAUCCAAGAACAAGAAGGAUCUCUAUGAAGCACUUCGUCUCCUCGGUACUGGCAGCCAUUGUCUCGAGGAUUACGCCGCUCACUCCAAUUAUGUCGAACUCGCCCUGAUCGAGCUUGGCGAACGUGACGUCUUCCCACAUGUCGGUCGCCGUACACAAAUCGAACUUCGGGAAGUGCGUCAUCCGGUCUACCCAGUCGUCACUGGCACUUUCGGCGGUGUCGACUUUCUUCAUUCUGUCUGCGGUGAAUUCGACGACAAGACAACCCAGAGCGAAAUUGAGGAGCUUGAAGGAACCAUGCAACAAUAUCAAAACAUGAGCAAUGAUGACAGCAUCCUGCAAGAUCUGCUCAACAAAAUCCCCUCCGGCGUCUUCGGUGGCAAGGAUGAGGCCGGUAAGGCGAAUGAGUUGAAGCAGAACUCCGUGAAUCAUCAGAUGCAGAACGCUCGUAUUUCUCCACGACAGCCAGAAGAGUGGACAAGAUACCUCGAUGAUGUCCAGAAGCAGAUCUAUCCCAUCAUCGAGUUUCAUGACGAGAUCAUGCAAUCUAUCACCGAAACCAUCGAGAAGAUACCAAUUCUUCCUGACCUGAUCGAACAAAUUCAAGAUGAGAUCAACAAAUUCGUCUUCUCACUCCUGGCCCCUUAUGUUGUCCCUAUCAUCAACCAGGUCAAGAACGAACUCAACACUGGCUCCAACGAGAUCAUCCAAUCGAGCGUGGACAAGCAACACAUUGUCUUCAGCGACGACCAUUCCUCUGAUCCAACCCAUUCGAUGCUGUCCAAGGACCACUUCUCCAACAUACUCAAUGAGCCGGCGGGAAAAGUCGCAAGACAGACCAUUCAGUGGAUCGUGCCUCAGAUAGUUGCAGCGUGGGAUGAUGAGCGCAUCGACGUUGACCGUACGCUCAACCGCAUCAUUCACGGCGUUCUCCAUCAUCCGGCCCUCCGCGACUUCGGCCAAGAUGGAGCAGGUGAUGGGCGCCGCUUGAUGUUCGGCGUGGUAGAACAGUGGUGGCGAGGCAAGGACGAACGCGAGAAAGACGUGUUCCGCGAGAAGCUUAGCCGGCGCGGUGUGGAGACGGGCAAAAACCAUAAAGAAGGCGUCAAGGACCAUGGCCACGGCAGCAAUCGUCCCCUCGGCAUGGCUAACUUGAACUACAACCAGCAGUCAUCUUCCGGCAUAGCAGGUGGCGCACUUGGCGCGAUUGACUCUGCCCUAGGCGGUGGCUCCGGCAGCCGUCCUUCGAACCAGGCUGGAGAUCAGUUUGGAAAGAUGGCUGGCGCAGCAGUUGGCGGUGGAGUUCUUGGUUCACUUGUUGGUGGAAUUGCCAGUGGCAUUGGAGGCAACCUUCUCGGCGGUGGUCUCGACAAGGAUGAGAAAACAUACCAGCGCGACUCGUAUGGUCAAGAUGGGUCCUAUACCCAGACCACGACUCAAGUCGGCCACUCUCAGUCGAGAGAUCGAUACGGCCAAGCUCAAUACUCGCAGACGAGUGAUCCGUACGGCCAGCGUGAGGAGUACAACCGCUUCGAACAGCGCGAGACUGGAGGUCAUUGGCAGUCGCAGGUUCACCACGAAGAGCGCACAAGUGGUGGAGAGUACCGUGAAGAGACACGACGCUACGAUGAGGAUAAUGAUCGCCCAUCGCACGGACGCCGCCACCACGAGGCACCUGAGCGCAGUUCCGGUAGACGUCGUGACGAUGACGAAGGUGAGAGAUUCCCAGGCGGGUAUGGCGGUGGAGGCGGGAGAGAUACCUAUGGACAGCCGGAGCGACGUGAAGAACAUGGUCAACGUGAUGAUGACAACGAAUAUGGCAGUCGACGACAUGGUGACGAGUAUGGCUCGAAUACUGGCUAUGGUCGUCAAGCGCGACAGCCCGAGUACUCGAGUGGCUAUGGGCGACAGGAAGAAACCGGCUACGGCGGUCGACGUGAAGAGCCCGAUAUGCCUGGAGGUUUCGGCAGUCGACGUGAAGAAGAGUCCUACGGCUCGAGUGGGUAUGGUGGACGUCGUGAAGAGACCUCGUAUGAACGUCCAAGCGGAUUUGGGCGCGAGACCGAAUACCCUGGAGCAUACUCCAGCGGUAGACACGAAGGCGAGUACAGUUCAAGCGGCAUGCCUGGUGGUUUUGGCCAGCAAGAACAAUCUGGGUACGGUGGUGGUCGAGAGGACGAGUUCGAAAAUCAAGGCUAUGGCCGGCAAGAUGAGAACGAGGGAUUUGGCCGACGUCGAUACGGUGAGAAUGAGGGCUACGGUGAAGGGGACUAUGGCUCACGAUAUUGAGUUACGUGGUGACAACGAGCGAUAGUGCACCCGACUUGCUCAAAGUGGCCGUGCUGAGAUCGAGAUUGAAGCCGGGGUGUCAUGAGUGAUGAGUGACAGCGAGAUGUUGUGAUGCGUUACGGAAAACUGAUGAAGUCGAGACUAAGAAACAUGCUGGACGUGUGAGGCAAAGGUGCUAAAUGAGACGACGCCGUGCUGUGGGAUGAACCUUUUCCGGGGUCUUUGACAGACUGAUAGACACAAAAGCUUGAUAUGGCUUGACCUUGUUAAGUUGAAAUUGAAAAUGGAUUCCAAGAUGA